CCUGCCCGGGGCGCUAUGGCGGCCGCCACGAGCUGCGGCCGCGCCGCGCUGGGCGCGCUGUCCCGGGAUGGCGGCGGGGCCGCGGCGCGGUGGCAGCGAGUCCUGCCCCCGGGCCGCCCCGUCCUGCCGUGGGUGCCCGCCCGCGGCGCCGCGGCGGGGCCCAAGCCCGGGCGGGCCGUGACGGUGGAGGUGGGCGGCAGAAAGAUGGAGCUGUCUUCUGGAAAACUUGCAAAGUUUGCUGAUGGAUCUGCUGUUGUUCAGCUAGGUGACACAGCAGUGAUGGUCACAGCAGUCAGCAAAACCAAGCCCUCUCCAUCUCAGUUUAUGCCAUUAGUGGUUGACUACCGGCAGAAAGCUGCUGCAGCAGGAAGAAUUCCUACAAACUAUCUAAGAAGAGAGCUUGGUUCCACUGAUAAAGAAAUUCUUACAAGCAGAGUAAUAGAUCGGUCAAUCAGACCACUCUUCCCUGCAGGCUACUUUUAUGAUACGCAGAUCCUUUGUAAUCUUUUAGCAGUAGAUGGUGUCAAUGAUCCUGAUAUUCUGGCAAUUAAUGGAGCUUCUGCAGCACUUGCCUUGUCUGAUAUCCCCUGGAAUGGUCCUAUUGGUGCAGUGAGGGUAGGGCUGGUGGAUGGAGAGACUGUUAUCAAUCCAACUCGGAAAGAGAUGUCCUCUAGUGCUCUAAAUUUAGUUGUUGCUGGAGCUCUACACAGUCAAGUUGUUAUGUUGGAAGCAACUGCUGAGAACAUCUUGCAGCAAGACUUCUGCCAUGCCAUCAAAGUGGGGGUGAAGCAGACCCAGCAGAUCAUCCAGGCCAUUCAGCAGCUGGUGAAAGAGCAGGGUGUGGUCAAGAGAACUGUCCAGAAAUUAUUUAUUGCUCCUGAAGAGAUUGUGGAACUUGCAAAGAAACUUGCUUCUAACAAGAUCUAUGCAGUGUUCACAGAUUCAAGCCAUGAUAAAAUUUCGAGAGAUGAGGCGAUCAACAAAAUAAGGCUUGAAACAGAAGAACAGCUGAAAGAAAAAUUUCCGGAGGCUGAGCCUUACGAAAUCAUGGAAUCUUUCAACGUGGUUUCAAAGGAUAUUUUUAGAAAUCUAGUGCUAAAUGAAUAUAGAAGGUGUGAUGGGAGAGAUUUGACUUCCCUCAGAGACAUUAAAUGUGAAGUGAACAUGUUCAGAAUGCUUCAUGGAUCAGCCUUAUUUCAAAGAGGUCAAACACAGGUUCUGUGUACAGUUACAUUUGACUCUUUAGAAUCGAGUGUAAAGUCAGAUCUUAUCUCCACAGCAGUGAGUGGAAUUAAAGAUAAAAACUUCAUGCUGCAUUAUGAGUUUCCACCUUAUGCAACCAAUGAAAUUGGCAAAGUUACUGGGAUGAACAGACGAGAGCUUGGACAUGGUGCACUGGCAGAACGAGCUUUGAAACCAGUUAUACCCCAGGAUUUCCCAUUCACAAUCCGAGUUACUUCUGAAGUCUUAGAAUCAAAUGGGUCUUCCUCAAUGGCUUCUGCAUGCGGUGGAAGUUUAGCAUUAAUGGAUGCAGGAGUUCCAGUGUCAAAUGCAGUGGCAGGUGUAGCCAUAGGCCUCGUUACCAAGUGCAGUCAGGGAAAAGGGGAUAUUGAGGACUAUCGCUUGCUGACAGACAUCCUGGGAAUUGAAGAUUACUAUGGAGAUAUGGAUUUCAAGAUGGCAGGCACCAAUAAAGGGAUAACAGCACUGCAGGUUGAUCUAAAGCUGCCAGGGAUACCAAUAAAAAUUGUGGUGGAAGCUAUUCAGCAAGCUACAGCUGCAAAGAGGGAGAUUUUACACAUUAUGAACCAAACACUGGCAAAACCCAGACCUAACAGAAAAGAAAGUGGACCAGUUGUAGAAACUAUCCAUGUUCCAUUAUCAAAAAGAUUAAGAUUCGUUGGUCCUGGGGCUUACAAUUUGAAAAAACUUCAAGCACAGACUGGUGUGACUGUAAGUCAGCUGGAUGAAGAGACAUAUUCCGUGUUUGCCCCCACGCCGGGGGCAAUGCACGAAGCCAGGGAAUUCAUUGGGGAAAUCUGCAAAGAUGAUCAAGAAGUUAAUUUGGAAUUUGGGGCAAUUUAUACAGCCACAAUUACUGAAAUAAGAGAUUCUGGAGUGAUGGUAAAACUGUACCCAAACAUGACCCCAGUAUUACUUCAUAUUUCACAGCUGGAUCAAAGAAAGAUUAAACACCCUAGUGCCCUGGGAUUAGAAGUUGGACAUGAAAUCCAGGUUAAAUACUUUGGCCGUGAUCCCACUGAUGGCAGAAUGAGGCUUUCACGUAAAAUUCUGCAGUCCCCGGCCACCAGCACCCUGAAAACCCUGACAGAAAAAAACAGCAUUGUCCUGGGAGGGGCUGUUUCACAGACAUCCACCUCAUCCCAGUGACAGGAAAAAAGGUGUGAUAGUUGGUGAAAAUACAAGUGACCUUUGCUAGAAUUUCUACAUGUCCUCACAAGAAUCUGAAGGUGGAUGGUAGUGAAUCAUAUUUAUAAAAUAGACACUAUUUAUGCUUAAAGGUGAUGUAGAACUUCAAGGCCUUCAAGUUGAUUAAAAACUUGAAAAUAAAACCAGGAGAAAGCAGUGCCCUCAUCUUGUGUAGCAAGGUUGAGAUGAGAAUACAAGAACAUGGAAUUCUGUAGACUGAGAAGAUAUUUCAGUGCUAAAGGUUAUUCUCCUUUGAGUUAUCGACUCAAAAUAAAACUGUGAAUAUGAGAAGUAAGAACUGAACAACUCUUCUGGGGGAGAAAGAAUUAUCCUGUAUGCUUGGUCAAGAGUCACACUUGGCCAAAGUUUUAUUGGCUUUUCAGUGCACAAGAAUGUUGAGCAAGUCAUAAAGACUUAGAAGUGUCACCUUUAACAUGAUGGACUCUGUUUUAGAUUAAUACAUCACUCUUAAAAUGUUCAGACCUGCAGCAGAAUAUAUCUCAGCAUAUCUGAGCAGAACUUGGCUGAAACAUCACCCCUUAUCACCUGGGUUCAUUAGCACUGACUUUUAAAAUGCAUAAUUAAAACAUUAAAAUUAAAAUACUUUUUUUGGAAUGAACAAUUGAUGUGAUAAAUCUUUCCCUGAAACACUCAUUAAGAAUCUCUUAGUCCUAUUAAUUACAUUGCAUCAGUGAGUUCACUGGUUUCUUUUAGACUUCAAAACAUUUCCCAGGGGCUCGUGAGAGUGACUCGUUUUUCUACUGUGAGGUACAUACUUUAAAAAUCAAACAGGGUCCUUCUGCUGUUCACCAGUUUGUAUGCAGGACUAAUAAGAAAAUCAACUUCCCACCUGGUGGCAGGUAGGCUCUGAACCACCUGGAAGAAAAAAUAAAGCAUGGGGGAGAGGAGAAGUGGGAAUGUACAGUAAAAAUUACUCCUUUUUUUAAUUCUAACUUAAAGUAUUAAAGAAGAAAGAAAUUACUGGCAUGCUGCUCUGUAGUUGUUUCUGUCUUUCAUGAUGUAAGAUUGAAAAAUAGAAAAAGUUUGGAAAGAUUGACGAAAGAUUUCUUUGGCAAUCUUUUCCUCCUCUUUGAA